CGUUUCCAUUUGUGCUCCUGCUGCCGAGACCGGGAGCUAGCGUGAAGCGCUGUGUUAACUACACAACGACUCGGACAGCAGCAAAGUCAUCUGCUGCCAAGACGACCGUUUUAAUACUGUGGGUCACUGGAUAAAGCAGCCGUCACGGUCUCCACAACAGCAAUGCCACCACCAAUGCGCCACCGCGCCAUGCGUGUCUUCAUGAAUGACGACCGCCAUGUUAUGGCAAAACACUCUGCCAUCUACCCGACACAGGAAGAGCUGGAAAGUGUACAAAACAUGGUGUCUCACACAGAGAGAGCACUCAAGGCCGUCUCUGACUGGCUGGAUAAACAGGAAAAGGGGACGACAAAGUCUGACUCAGGCACAGAGACUGAUAAAGAAAGUGAGCAUAGGGAUCAGGCCACCCGCUCUCUGCGUGGCGUCAUGAGGGUGGGACUGGUUGCUAAAGGCCUGUUACUGAAGGGGGACCUGGACCUAGAGCUGGUGCUCCUUUGUAAGGACAAGCCUACCAUCAGUCUGCUGAAGAAGGUGUCUGAAAACCUUGUUACACAGCUCAAGUCGAUCACAGAAGACAAGUAUGUGGUGACCCAACAGAUCCGUGAAGCUAGCAUCGUCAUAAAGAACACCAAGGAGCCCCCUCUCACCCUCACAAUUCACCUGACGUCCCCUUUGGUCCGUGAAGAGAUUGAGAGGGCUGCAGCUGGAGAAACGCUUUCAGUCAACGAUCCCCCGGAUGUUCUGGACAGGCAGAAAUGCCUAACUGCCUUGGCGUCUCUCCGCCACGCUAAGUGGUUCCAGGCUAGAGCCAAUGGGCUUCGCUCCUGUGUCAUUGUCAUCCGGAUCCUAAGGGACUUAUGCGCCCGCGUCCCCACAUGGGCCCCACUCCGGGGCUGGCCAUUGGAGCUGAUCUGUGAGAAAGCCAUUGGCACAGGGAACCGGCCCAUGGGUGCAGGAGAGGCUCUGCGGAGGGUUUUAGAAUGUCUGGCUUCAGGAAUCCUCAUGGCAGAUGGGCCUGGAAUUUCGGAUCCAUGUGAGAAGGAGCCAACAGAUGCAAUUGGUCAUUUGGACCAGCAGCAAAGAGAAGACAUCACAGCAAGUGCACAGCAUGCCUUAAGACUGUCAGCUUUUGGACAGCUUCACAAAGUGCUUGGAAUGGAUCCACUUCCUUCUAAGAUGCCCAAGAAACCUCGACCUGAGACUCCUAUCGAUUACACAGUGCAAAUCCCACCCAGCACAGCAUAUGCACCACCAAUGAAGAGGCCUAUUGAGGAAGAAGAGGGUACUGAUGACAAGAGUCCCAAUAAAAAAAAGAAAAAACUGCAGAAGAAAUCUGCAGAGGAGAAGGCUGAGCCUCCCCAAGCCAUGAAUGCCCUAAUGAGGCUCAAUCAGUUAAAGCCAGGACUACAGUAUAAGCUGAUCUCCCAGACCGGCCCAGUUCAUGUUCCUGUCUUUACAAUGGCUGUAGAGGUAGAUGGCAAGACAUUUGAGGCUUCAGGCCCAUCGAAACGCACUGCCAAGCUGCACGUAGCUGUAAAGGUUUUACAGGACAUGGGCCUGCCCACUGGAGUAGAACUAAAGUCUCCUGAGCCAGCAGUAAAAGCAGACGAGGCAGUAGUAGCAAACACUGUGGAACAACAGAAGCCAGUAGUGCCACCUGUCGAAACUAUCACUGCUGCCGCAGGAGCAGCUAAUGCAGAAAGCACUGAAGCUGCAGAGACUGCUCGCCAGCAGGGACCAAUCCUCACUAAACACGGCAAGAACCCAGUGAUGGAGCUGAAUGAGAAGCGUCGAGGCCUCAAGUAUGAGCUCAUAUCAGAGACCGGCGGCAGCCACGACAAACGUUUUGUCAUGGAGGUGGAGAUCGACGGGCAGAAGUUCCAGGGCACAGGAUCCAAUAAAAAGGUGGCUAAGGCUUAUGCAGCUCUGGCUGCACUGGAACGGCUCUUCCCUGAAGGCUCUGCACCUGAGGGUGCUAAAAAGAAAAAGGGACCACCCAUGCACACGCCAGGGUUUGGCAUGAUGGGACCCCCUGGACCUGGAGAUGUCGGCGCCCCCAGGGGCAGAGGGAGAGGAGGGCGAGGUCGUGGAAGAGGCAGAGGUUUCAAUAACGGAGGCGGCUACGGCCAAGGAGGUGGCUUUGGAACAUAUGGUUAUGGGAACAGCGCCAACUCCGGAUACAAUUACUACAAUAAUGGAGGUACAAACGGAGGACCUGGGGCAUCAGGCAGCUCAUCGGUUGGCCCUCCAGCUAACACAGCACCGGGCCCAGCACAGGGAUCCUAUAGUUCAUACUACCAGAAUGAUGGAGCCUACACUGCCGCUUCUGCCAGCAAGCCCCUCAAAAAGAAACCCCCUAUGCACAAAGGAGGGAAAGCAGCUUUUCCAGGUUCCCCAGGGACAAAUAGUGGGCCUGCAGGGGGCUACCAGUCUGGCAGCGGCUCAGGGCAGGGCUCCUAUAACCAGUAUGGCCAGAGCUACGGGCAGGGAAAGAAGAGUUUCAACCAGAACCAGGGGGGAGCAGGUGGAUACUCGUACAGCACUGCAUACCCGAGCCAAGUGACAGGAGGAGCUGGAGGUUUCAACAACCAGUCCGGUUACAACUCACAGGGAGGUGGAGGAGGUAGCAACCAGGGCUUUGGUUCUCAGUACCACAACUCGGUGGGCUACGGCAGAGGCGACAGCAGCAUGAACUACCAGUACAGAUAGACUGCGUCCCUCCAUCUGUGAAUCUCCAGCACCCCGCAUCAGUGUCUCAAGCCUUCUCCAAAGAAAGUGAUUGACGGCUUGCCUGUGCUCUCUGCCUUUUCUAUGUUUGCUUCGUAUGUGCUUUUGGUUUGUAUGUAGCACAUGUGGGCACAAAACGAGAUACCUGGACUUUGAUGUGUCAGAGCCGAGUUGUGGCUGAAUUUACUGGUCUGUUUAAGUGGUCUGGUCAGUGCUUAGUCUUUUUUAAAAUUAUAUUAUUUUUUUUUUUAUUUUUUAUUUUUUAAUCGAUACUACCAGUCCCCAUUCUCAUCACUAAAUAUGAAAGCCGAUGCUACAAAUCACUUGCUUGCUCUGACUUGGUUUCCUUUAAAAGUUAUGUGGCAACAGCAUUUAUUUCCACAUGAAAUUUAGUACAAUCUUGUGGUGUUAAACUACAGGGUUGUGUGUUUUGUUUUCCUUUUGUUUUUGUAACAAUUCAGUGGACCCAAAAACUACUUUUCUUCAGUGCUUGUAAUUUUGGCUUAUUUUGUAAUUUACCUACUGUGAUGUAGUUAUUUUAAUAAAUGGUUUUGGAGAUUACUAGAAAGUACACUUUACGUUCUGGUGUUUAAAGUCACAUUUCUGCUCAAUGUAGCUUUUGGAUUGGGUGGGACUUGUUUCAGUUAAUGUACAACAAACUAUGUUUGUAUCAAUAAAAGACUUUUAUUUUGAA